AUGGAGGGCUAUUCUCAAGUGGGCUCAGAUUCCCAGCCGCCGCACCGUUCGCCUGGACACCACUACCCUUCUUUUCCAAGUCUCACUGCUCCAAGUUACUCUCAACCACCACUCGGAGAUGGACGGCCCUUUUACGGAGGUAGUGAGGUAACAGGCAGUCGCCACAGGCAGCAGGACGACCACUCCGCUCAACGCUACUCGUCAGGCGAAACAUGGUCUAUGACCGAGGGUUACCCAGAUGCCUACCCGGUUACAGAGCGCAAACACCAGGAGACCUAUUAUCAAGAACCAUACACCACACGUACGUCCCCAGUCCAGAUUCGUGGCGAUAGUAUGCUUCCAACAUGUGACCCGUGUACCGCGAAGACUGAACAUAUCCAAGGACCACAUCAAGCUUCGAGCUACGGCACUCAGGAUGUUGGGAGAAAUGCACAAGCUGCUUACUAUGAUCAUCCACGAGGAUCGAGAGGCACGCUCCCCACGAGCAAACCUGUACAGAACCAAUCAAUUUCCAUGCUUCCACCUCGAAAACAUGUCAGCCAGGCCCAAUCGGACCAGUUGGACCAGGUAUCGGGUCAAACUCACGAUCUCAAAGAGAGAUGUCAGCGGGAUUAUGAUUACCAACACCGUCAACCUCCCUCCAACCACGAGAGCAGUGACUGCUGGGCCGAGCCCUCGCCCGAAGCCCUUGACCUGGAAUUCGACCUCUGGGCACUGGACUAUCUCGACGAGGUGUCAUGUCUCCCCGUACAACAGAGAGUUCAGGCUUUGGCAGCGACUAUGGCACUACAGGAUAUCCAAGACCGGAGACAGGCUGUCAUCGUAUCCCAAUUCUUUCAUGACCUCGACGACAAAGACUUUCUCUUGAACGUUAGCCAAACUGCGGAUUGGCAGACCAUGCAAAAUGACCCAAUCUUCGCACCUAUCGCUGUUGAUGCAGAAGUCACUACCUUCGAAGACCUGCAGAGGCGAGUACGACGAUGUUAUUUCAGCAACGACUAUGCUGACGAUUACGACAAUUCACAGAGUCUCUGUGUAAACGAAACCGAGCAAACAUUCCAACCAUUGGAGAACCGAGCAUUAUCAGUUGAGCAAGAAGAACGCCUCGCUGCCCUUGGUGUCACCGGUCCACCAAAGCCAGCGCGACCUUUCCUUCCCGAGGACGCGACUCCAAGUCAGCAUAUCGCACCAAGCUUGCAAUCUGACACCUUCCCACAACCACACGCCAAAUAUCUGAUUCGAGGCCGUGCUAUGCACCAGGAGUCCCAGUCCACAGAGUAUAGUGAAUGGUCCAGUCAGGCCUCCAGCCACCGAGCUGAUCGUGGCCAUGAGUUGCAGCACCAAAACCAUGACCAGCCCAAGAGAAAGUCCCGGCGCAAACGCAGAGCAGAGCGUAACGCCCCGCGUGGACAUGCUUCUUCUCACUAUCAAGCCCAGUCAAAUAACCGAGUCAACAGUCGGAAUGACAAUUCUUCGGGCCAGCUAAGGUCAAGAGGCGAGCAGCCAUGGAAGGACAACAAGCAAGGCCAGAAGCGUGCUUACGAGGAUCCACCGCGGAAUGUUCGAGCUGAAGAACACAUGGCUGGGAAGCGCCGAAAGUGGGAUUGAUAUACGCCAUGUACGGGACCCUGACAGCAAACUUGAGAGCUGUCGAGACUCG